GAUUGGUCGACGCUGGUGGACAACUGGAGCACGCCGCCCAUCAACAACGUAGUGUCCGACAUCUACUUUGGCUACUGCUCCGGCCUGCUCGGUGUGACGGGCUUCGAGACCUCGGCCAACUACAUCGAGGAGCAGAAGGACGGCGUCUUCCCCAAGACCCUGCGCAACAUGUGGAUCGCCGUGGCCAUCUUCAACCCGCUCCUGGGCCUCCUCUCCCUGGGCACCGUUUCCAUCCCGCAGAUCGUUGCCAACAGCAACUACGUCCUUGCCGAAGUCGGCGGCGUCACCGGAGGCCAGUGGCUGAACAUCCUCGUGUCGGCCGACGCCACGCUCGUGCUGUGCGGUUCCGUGCUGACCUCGUGCCUGCCCCAGUUCCUGCUCUACAAGAACCCGCUCACCGGCACCGAGCCCAUCAUCAUCAUCGGUUUCUUCUGCAUCACCUCCUCGCUGUUCAUCAUCGUCGACGGUGCCGUUGAGACGCUGGCCGGCGUGUAUGCCAUCAGCUUCCUGAGCGUGAUGGGUCUGUUCGCGAUCGGCAACAUUCUGCUCAAGUACAAGCGCGACCGUCUCCCGCGUGACGAGAAGGUCAGCUGGAUCUCCGUGCUCCUCGGCCUCGGCUUCAUGAUCGCCGGUUGGAUCGGUAACGUGAUCUACAACCCGGACAACAUCAAGUACUUCGCGAUCUACUUCUCGGUGACGCUCUCGAUCGUGCUGGUCAUGUUCACGCGCACGCGAAUCCUCAAGGUCGUCCUCUACUUCCUCGCCAACACCUUCCUCGACCGCUACAUCGGCAAGUGGAUCCGAUCCCAGGUGCGAAAGAUCAACAAGCAGCACGUGGUGUUCUUCGCCAAGUCGGACGAUCUGGAGAUGCUCAACAAGGCCGUGCUCUACGUUCGCGAGAACGAGCUUACGGAAAGGAUGAAGAUCUGCCACGUCUACAGGACGGAGGAGGAAAUCCCCCCCAGGCUGGUCCACCACGUCGAAAUCCUGGACGAGAUGUACCCCAAGCUCAGGAUCGAUCUCGUGACGGUGCAUGCCGAGGGCUUCACGGCGCGAGUCGUGCACACGCUGGCGGAGAAGUUGCACGUGCCCCAGAACUUCAUGUUCAUCUCGUGCCCCGGCGAGAACUUCCCCGAGAAGAUCGCCAAGUACGGCGGCAUGAGGAUCGUCACGCACUAG